AUGCCUAUGCAAGAUGCCUUAAGCCUACCUGUCGUGCAGCAGGUCAAAGUCGGACAGGGACAAAGCACUGAAGGUGGCCUUAUGGUGAUCAUGCCUAUGUACGGUAUGAUUGAGUCUUUGGCAUCCCAGGGUGAUAAACACUCCACUACCUUCUUCCCUAGUGGAGGAGGGACAGGUUCUACCAAUUACCCCGUCUCCAUCUCUGCUGAAAAUACCACUUUACCCAAAGAAGCCCGGGAGAUUGUUUUGUCCCGAUCUCCCACGAAUGAGGCCAUCUCCACCUCUGGUGAAAAUACCACUUUACCCAAAGAAGCCCGGGAUAUUGUUUUGCCCCGACCUCUCACAGAUGACGAAACUAACCCGCAUGAUCCUACUAAGCACACUACUAUCUUUCCGGGUGCAAGAAGCCCACAGCCUCCGCAGUCUCUGAACAUGGACUUCCAAUUCCCCUCUGGUAGUCCAAAAGAUUCCCACGAAGCAUCGCCUUCGAACAGGCGUAAGCGAAAGUCACCAGAAUCACCAAUGGUUCCCGUCUCGUCGAAUCCCGAUGAUCCCCUCACACUUCAAACCGGAAUUGAGCAAGUUCCAUAUUUGCUAGAGCGCCUUCAGACUACCGAAUCUCAGAUUCCGCAUUGUCUCGUGUUUGUAUCUUCAACUGAGCCGACCGGGUAUGAGUGGGUUUUCCAUAAUCAGAUACGUAAUUCGCAAGACCUAGAGUCGAUCUUACAGGAAUUAGAGAAGAGGGGAAUGUUUUUCACGUUUGGAGAUCUUACAAAAAGGCAGUUCAGCACAAUAAGUGUAGAGGGGGCUGUCACCUUUUUACAAGCAGGUACUCCCAUCUUCGUACACCUCCCUACUAUCAACUUCAGGAAUGGUUUCCCAUCCCCUCUUAACGAAUCUGAGAGAACCUUUGACCCCGAGAUCCCUCGUUGGAAUACGGAGCUUCACAGGUGGACGUUGACUUCCAAGAAAUCCAAAGGCUCUCCGUCGACAAGAGAGGAAAUUCAUAGCGAUUCCACAGAGCUUUAG